AAAGCUUGCUAGGUCUCCCUUGCGUUGAUGAAGAGAGAAAAAGAAGAGAAAAUCUCAAUUUGCAAAAGUGCUCCCCAAGUUUUGUCAUGGAUCACAUGUCCUUCAUGAAGAGGGCGCAACUCAAGGCGGCCGAAGAGUUGAAGGCCCAACAGCCUGCCACUGCCCCUGCGGCCAAACCCCCUGUCCAGCCGAAAAAGAAACGGCAGGCCGACGAGGGCCAAAAGAAGCUGACCGAGGCGGGCCUGAAGCCCACUAAGAAGCCGAAGAGGGCUUCUCCUUCUGGUGAUGCCGAGACGUCGGCUGUUCCUUCUGGGGACGGAGGGGGUUCCAACGCCGAUGCUCUGGUGGAUCUCACUUCGGGCCCUCCGUCCACUACUCUAUCCACCAUUCCUCCCGCUGUUGUGGCCCCCCGGAAGAAAGGUUCCGACCGAGAGCUGGUCAGAGGGACCUACAAGCUCGAGGUUGAAUACCCCGUUAAGGGGGGGCUAUUCAACGAGAUCGUUGACGACCACGAGGUGAUCUCCCAGGCCAUCCCCGACGAGGACCCAGCUUACCUGAAGAAGCUCGGCAACGUCAAGAUGUACGAUGGUGGGAUGGACCACAUCAUCCAAGGCGCCUUUAUAUUGAUGGAAAGCAACAGAAGGCAACAAAGGGAGAUUGCUCAUUUGAAGCAAAUUGAGGAGAAGGUGGCUUCGGCCGAUGAGGCCCUGGGCAGCUUGGAGAGGCUGCAGCUCGAGGUUGAAAGCCUGAAGAAAAAGGCUGAUGAAGCUGAUCUGCUGGCCGCCGAGAAGGAUGUGGCCCUUCAGCGCUUGGCCGAUGUGGAGUGGGCUCGUGAUGAGGCCCUUUGUCGUGCUGAGGAGGUCGAGAAGGGUAAGGCCGAUGCAGAGCUGGCCCUGAGUGUUGCCGAAGAGAAAGCUGUCGAGGCUGCUGUGCAGAAGUUCCUCGAGGUUGGCUGGAACGACGAGGAUCGGCUCCCCUGGCGCUUCGACGUCGUGGCGGCGAGGCUCGUCGACUGGGUGAAUAAGUCCCCUGACGGCCAGGCGUACUGGGAGAAGGAGAUGAAGGUCUUCUACGGCCUUGGCCAGUACCGGAUGCAGCGGCUGCUCUAUUGGAGGCUCCAACGUCGUUUCUUGGAUUUGGGGGUUGCCAAGGAGUGGGCCGUCGGCCUUGAGCUGCCUUCGAUGAUGAGGCAUCCUGAAGCGGAGUUGGAGCUCCCUGCGGCGGAACGGCAACUCCCUAUUGAGAGCUCUCAAGCCAGCGAUGAUUGGGCCUAUGAGCCGAGCAUGUUCGAAGACACCACCACGUCUGGUGCUGCUGCCGAUGCGGCCACUGCCCAGGCCGAAGAGAAAGGUGCUGCUGCAGGGGACUCAGAAGCCCCGCCGGAGCCAUGAUUCAUUCUAUUACUGCUUUUGACUUUUAUUAUGUAACGGCCAAGAAGCCC